CGUGACGCACAUGAGAGACGCAUGGACGCUCACUGACGUAAAAGCGGUGCUGCAUGUGGCAGAAGGAUCAGACCGUCAUUAAACUCUCUAGUUUACGCAUAUAUCACUAUAUUAAUAUUUAUUCCGUUGUAAUCCCAGGCUGACUGCGUGAACGCUCCGCAGUCAUGGUGAAGGAGCAGUUCAGAGAGACGGAUGUGGCCAAAAAGAUAAGUCACAUCUGUUUUGGCAUGAAGUCAGCAGAGCAGAUGAGACAACAGGCUCAUAUUCAGGUGGUCAGCAAGAACCUGUACAGCCAGGACACCAGCCACACACCGCUGCAGUACGGAGUCCUGGACCACCGCAUGGGGACCAGCGAGAAGGACAGACCGUGUGAGACCUGCGGGAAGAGCCUGGCCGACUGUCUCGGUCACUACGGCUAUCUGGACCUGGAGCUGCCCUGCUUUCAUGUCGGAUACUUCAAAGCCAUUAUUGGGAUCCUGCAGAUGAUCUGUAAGACGUGUUCUCACAUCCUUCUCAGCAAAGAGGAAAAGCUUCAGUUUCUGGAUUUCUUGCGUAGACCUGGGUCUAUAUAG